AUGGACACAAGGCCUACCGGACGACCGCCACGACGGGCUGGGAAUGGGGCUUCCUUCGCCUGCUCCUUCUUUGACAUUUCCCCCUCCUCUUCUUCCUCUCCGUUCUGUCUCUCGUCGUUGUGCAUCCUCAUCUCCCUCUCCAUCUGCCUCUCGCCUUCCCUCACUCUCGCGCGACCGCCCAUCUUUCAAAGCCAACAAGAGGAGUGCCUUCCCUGUCCCCCCGCCACCUAUUCCCCUCCUGGAAACAAGAACUGCAGUGUCGCUCCGCUGGAGUGCGGCGCUGGCUAUUGUGUCAACGUCACCUGGUGUUUGCCCUGCCCCGCCGGUAUGGUGAACGACCAGGAGAACGCGAGUGUCUGCAUCCGGUGCCCCGAAGGCAAGGUGGCGGUGCCGCCGGCCAUCAAGUGCCUCUCGUGCCGCGCCGGCCAGACGUCGUCGCCCGACAACACCCACUGCGUGGCGUGCACGGCGGGCUACUACAACCCGUCCGUCGCCGGCACCUGUGCGCCGUGCCCGGCUGGCUCCUACUCCGAGCGCCAGAGCAUGCGCUGUCUGGCCUGUUCGGCCGGCACCUACAAUGACCUCCAGGCCCAGAGCGGCUGCCGCGAGUGUCCGUCGGGCUCCUACUGCCCGGCGGGUUCCGUCGAGCCGACCGAGUGUCCGUCGGACAAGUUCUGCGAGGCCGGCGUGGCGUCGCCGUCGUCGUGCCAGCCGCUGUUCAGCGCCGACUCGGGCUCGUCGUCGUGCCGCCCGAGCGUCAUCUUUUACGUGGUGAUCGGCAUCGGCGCCGGCACGCUCAUGGUGCUGAUCCUGGUCGCCUGGGUGGCCAUCGGCUAUCGCAAACCCCUGUGGAAGCGGAUCAAGAAGGCAUACCGCCGUCACCAGCGCCAACGCGACUACCCGGCGCCGCCGCCGGCCGCCGCCUCAGCCUCGGGCGACACCAAGCCGCUCAUCCCCGAACCUCUCCCCGGCCCGGUCUACGCGGGCUUUAAAUCCCCCCCCCCCCAAUCUCCCCUGCACCAUAAACCAGUUUUCGAUCACCAAGUGGACAAAGACAAGGCAAUCAUCGAAUGGCCAGUUUUGUUGAUCAGAAUCUCUUACUAA